AUGUCGGACGCGGCGCGAGCGCCGAGCGCGGAGUCAUCGUGGGGACGAGGCUGGACGCGUCGGACGUUGAACGCGGAGGAGCGGCGGGCGGUGCGCGCGCUGUGCGGGUUCGCGAUCGCGCUUGUCGCGGUGCCGGCCGUGACGUAUCGCGUUGCGAGUGGAUGGGCUUGCCCGGCGGCAUACGAGCGAUACGGCGCGGCACUGUUAGCGACGGAGAGCGGGAGAGCGACGUGCGCUGGGAUGUUUGCGAUUUUGUCUGUGAAUGCGGUGUUGUUGGCGUACGUGGUUUGGGUGACGCGGUCGUCAGGGAGCGCUCCGAGAGAGGUUGAGAAGAAGAACGCGUGA